CUCCCUCCUCGGACGCAGAGCGGAGGCCGCGUCUCGCGCGCGCCUCAGUCGCCGGCUACGCCGCUCGCGUGACGACGCCCUCCCGCCCGCCUCGCGCCGCCCGACCGUUAAAGACCGUUAAAGAGACCCCCCCCCCCCACAUACCCCGCGUCGCCAUGGCCAACUACAUCCACGUGCCGCCCGGCUCGCCUGAGGUGCCCAAACUGGACAUCGUGGUCAGCGAGAGGGACCCUUCGGGCGGCGGCGGAGGGGCGGGGUACCGCCGGGGGGCCUUGGAGCUGCUCAGCCGGCUGAGGCCUGACUGGAAGCCCGACGACGUCACACUGAAGUUGUUCACAGAUGGAAUUACCAAUAAGCUUAUUGGCUGUUAUGUGGGCGAGGAAAUGGAUGAUGUGGUCCUCGUUAGAAUUUAUGGAAAUAAGACGGAGCUGUUAGUUGAUCGAGAGGAGGAAGUAAAGAGCUUCCGGGUGCUGCAGGCCCAUGGCUGUGCUCCGCAACUCUACUGUACUUUCACUAAUGGUCUGUGCUAUGAAUUCAUGCCAGGAGAAGCACUGGAUCCAGAACAUGUUUGCAACUCGGAGAUAUUCCGCCUUAUAGCCAGGCAGCUUGCUAAAAUACAUGCUAUUCAUGCUCACAAUGGAUGGAUUCCUAAAUCUAAUUUAUGGCUGAAGAUGGGGAAAUACUUCUCUCUCAUACCAAAGGAAUUUGCAGAUGAGGAAUUGCACAAAAGGUUUCUAAGGGAUAUCCCAAGUCCUCAGAUUCUUCAGGAAGAAAUGGCAUGGAUGAAGGAAAGACUGUCCAACCUGGGCUCACCUGUGGUGCUUUGUCACAAUGAUCUGUUGUGUAAAAAUAUAAUCUACAAUCAAAAACAAGGUGAUGUUCAGUUCAUUGACUAUGAGUAUUCUGGAUACAAUUACUUGGCUUACGACAUUGGAAAUCACUUCAAUGAAUUUGCAGGUGUGAGUGAGGUAGACUAUAGCCUCUAUCCAAGCAGAAAACUUCAGGAGCAGUGGCUGAGAGCUUACCUGGAAGCCUACAAGGAGUAUAAAGGGUUUGGAACCAAUGUCACCGAGAAAGAGGUGGAGGUGCUGUAUGUUCAAGUCAACCAGUUUGCACUGGCCUCUCACUUCUUCUGGGGAUUAUGGGCCCUGAUUCAAGCAAAAUACUCCACCAUUGAAUUUGAUUUUUUAGGGUACGCAAUUGUACGCUUCAAUCAGUACUUCAAAAUGAAGAAUGAAGUCAUAACGUUAAAACUCCCUGAGUAACAACUAAGAACUUCAGUUAUCUAUAUCGGAACAAGAUUCCUUAUGUCUUUUGUCUGAGUACAGAUAAUGGAUAAAGCUAAACAUUUGUUAGUUUUGUAAUGUUCCUAUGGUGGUUUUUGCUUUUAAUUGAUGCCUCUAAACAAUCUUUUAAUGUUAAACCUAAAAUGAAGAUCUUACCGCUGUUGUAGAAGGAAUAGAAACAUUAGGUUUAUAAAACAUAGGGAGAGCAAAUUUAAUACUUUCUCGUAAUUUUUAAUGUGAUAUGUGCAUUAUUUAUUAUGAAUUUAACAUUCCAUUGCUGCUUUCCACCAGUUCUUUUCAAGGGUUGGGGUGUAGGCUAUGAAACUGUGACGGAGGACUUUCUCAUCUUGCGUUGUAGUGACAUUAACUUAUGAAAAACAUGGUCAGUAUAAAUGUUUUUAAACUGAAAACAGAGAUUUAUACCUGAAUAAGUCAGUUUGGCUUGACGUGCAAGUCACUAAUGCCGACUGAUCAGAGCUGCACAGUUGGGACAGAGCUAUUUUCAAAAUGUUACCUCCAAGCUCUACCUAAGUACUGUGAAAUAUAAUUCAGAAUCUCUCUUGCUUAACAUACAAAUCAAAACUGUUGCAAAGACCUGCUUGUUUCGGGAAAACAUCCUCUCCCACACUCAGUUCUUGUACGUGCUUUUACAGCUGUAGGAAACUUUUAACUUCAAAUGUAAGUUUUACGUGACCGCUAUCCCAGAGUGUCAUUGUGUUCCAUACCUUAAAAGAUGGUUGAAAAUUCAUUGAGAGCUUUGGCAUAUAGUCCAGGGAAUAGGCAUGUUCCUAAGGUACAGUGGAAAAAUCCAACAGGAUGGUCAGUUGAGCAAUCUUGUAAUAUUCAGAGCAAUCGGUGUCAGAUACUUAACGAUCAGUUCUUCUUGGGUUUCUACUCUUUCAUACUUCUGCUUUUUUAGUCUGCAGAAAAGUUACAAGCUCAUAUUUCUAUUGUUAGCUCAAAGCUUAAAUAUUAAAAGUUCAUUCCUGAGAUAGAUGGCAUUUGAAGAAUGAGAAUUUGAACAUAGACACGGUUUUCUUUUCUUGUUUUUCAAGAGCUGUCCUACCAAGAACUGUAUGAAUUUUUUUUAAAAUGUGAAACAGGUGUUUACUUAGUGUGUGUGCGAGGGCGGGGCGGGGGGGAAGGCUUUAAAUUGGAGAAGGAGGAGUCAACUGCAUGGAGUUGAGUAGUCACACAGUCAACUCCUGAUCUGAAACUUUUCACUUUGGUCACUCAAGUGCCCACAUGUACAGAGUCUGUGUUCAUGCGCAGUAUGUGUAAACCCAGAUAUACCUUAAACAGAGAUAUUAUGGGGAGCCUGUUGCACAGACUCAGCAAGAAUAUUUAUUCAGAAUUAUUUUAUAGCACUCUGUAAAAUAAACUUUGCCUAAAAAAAUGACCUCUGGCUUGUUUAACAAUGCAUAAAGCAAUUAGCAUGGAUGAAAAAGCUCAUCCCAAAGAUCACUGGAUAGUCUUUGGCUUAUUUACAAAAGCAGUCUCAGAUUUAAUGCUAGUUCUGAGGUGUGUUUUAUAGUGUUCAUUUCUACAGUCACAAUCUUCAAACACCCUGCUCUGGGUUCGUCCCGUUAGCAGUGGGACUGAUUUCUAUAAAGCAGGCUGCAGUCUUCAAAUAUGAUUUUAAUAGUAACAGCCUAGUAUUAACACCUUAGUAAGUCAGCAUAGGUAGGUACUAACAGAUGUGUAAAUUUUUAAGUGCUUACUUUUUCUUAAGAUUGGCAGCUUCUUGAACCAGCUAAGUUACAGGAUCAAAAGCAACCUUGGGUCCCUCAAAGAUGUUGCUAGAGCUCUAGAAGAUAUCAAAACUGGAAAGGUUUGCUUCUGGGAAAAUUGAAUUCUUUUGUCAUAGUCUGACUUGGCCACCAUGCAUUCUAGCACCAUUGUUUUAACACCAUCUUUUAGUUUGUUGAGACACUUAGUUGUUAUGGAGUUGCACUAUAAAAGACUUUAAUUUUCAAACCCCCGGCAAAUACCUUGGUUACACAGUACUUGAAUUGAGGUCUGGAAUAUUGUUUGAAAACUCCAUCUUGCUUGCACACUGGAAGAUUGAAUCUUGUUCUUCCAGAUGCCUCUAGGUUUUAAGCCAUGUUGGCUUAAUGGCUGCUGUCUUAAGUGGAUAUUUUUUUUCCUGAGAUUGGAACACCAUCCUCAUUUCCCUAAUCAGAGCACAUCUCUCAGGAGGCUUAGUUGCUGGUGCUGAAAGACAAUUCAUCCAUUUCAUUUCACUGGAGGGAGAGAGAAGGCCUCUACUUCUGUGGCCAGACUGAGUUUAACCUGAACCUUGGAACAGCAACAAAAAAUUUGAUGCGGGCGACUGAGGAUGACUUUUCUGCAUAGUCUCCUAAUGGCUGCAUCUCAGCUUUGUACUUCUUUGCUCACAUUCUAUAUGUAACUGCUACCGUUCCAAGUCAUUUGCAGAAUGAACACCGUCUUUGCUCUUGUUGAAGACUGAUGCCUGCAGCCAGCUCAAUUUUUAGAUCAGGAACGAAUUUAACCUUAUUUUCUAAACAGUGGUCAUUUUUUCUCCCCUUCUGUGCUCUUGAAGUGGCCUUGUCAGAAAACCAGACCUUUAGAAAACCCGUGCUUUAGAGACAAACCUCACAAAAUCCUAGCUUUUACAUGCCAACAAGUGACUCUUGCCUUUACUUUGAAGCCGCAGGUUCUGAAUGCCGUCACCAAUGACACUGUAACAAAAUGUACCGAAAGUGCAAAGAGGUUAUUAACAAUGGCAUUCAUCCCUGUGUACCAUCAGCCUACACACCGUAGUGGCCUAGUUGCUUUCGUAAAGCAGAAAUGUGUAAAAUGUUUCCCAUCAUGCUUUGGCAAUCAGACCAGGUUAAUCCAUGCCUGAUUGAUCGAGAAGACAUUCAAGCAUCGUAGGUAACGGUAAUGGAUUUUUAUUUUUAUUUUGGUAUUUCUUUGAACUCUGGCCUGGGUUUCUCCACCUAAAUUUUGCAGAAGGCUGAACUAACUGACUCAUGGUAACCAGGUCUGACUGUGUAUAUACAAUAGUGUAAAUAACCAUUUGUAAAUUAGUGUGAAUUGUACGGUAUCUUGCAUUUAUGAACUUAUGUAUUUCAUUGUUACUCUCCUUUUGUAGAAACUUUGAUGUAAAAAAAAAAAGUAGCUCUUUAUGUGUUGAUCUCUUUUGUUGAAUUGAACACGUUCAAGGGGGAACUGCUUUUGGGGGAACAAUAAGCUACAGUACCUGGGAAUCCACAUGUUUGCUUUCAUAACAUACUUUUCAUUGUGCCUGUAGUGUCUGCGUUCCUGUUAGCACAUCUACUUCAGAGGAAGUAAUCAUUUCGAAAAUGAGUGAGUUAAUAUAAUAAUCAGCUUUCAAGCGACAGGUUGGCUAAUUGGAGGGAGAAGUAUUUUCCCAUUUGAGAGGCCAGCUGUAUUUCUAAAAAUGUUGUGGUUUGUCAGUGCAUGGAUAGGUAGCUUUUACUGAAGAAAAGCUUGUGCGUGUUCCUUUCAUGAUAGCAUAGGCCCUUGUGAAGUGAGACACAGGAACGACCUUAAAUUGUUUUGGUGUUUUUAAAAUGGGCAUAACUAAUAUCACAUGAACCGAUCGGUGGUUCUGGCCUGCAUUUGGAGUGAAAUUACGGUCAAGCAAACGAGAGGAAGUGUUGCCAAGAUAACUUUCUUUAAGUCUGCUGAAUAUUAGGCAUUAGCAGUUUUUAAAAAAAUCUAGUUUUACAGCCACCACAUCGCAUUAACUUUCUGAAAAAAUGUUGCUGGUUUCCAUAGGGAUCUUUCACCGUUAGGAUUGGGGCUGCAUUCAGGGUUGGCUUCCGCCUUUCCCCUUUUGACAGCGGAAAUUUUAGAAUGAUCCGUCUCUGAAUUUUCCCCAGUUUUUUUGGAAAGUAUCUUAGUUAAAACCCUAUCUAUUCCUAAUUUACCCAGUAUAUGUUUUUUGCAGGGAGCUUGUAGUGUACUCUUCUGCGUUUGUCCUGAUUCGGAUUGAAAAUGCAUUCAACUGCAGAACUUGCAUAAGAAAACUCAGAGGUGGUACAAUCACACGUAGCAGCCAGAUGUAGCAUGACCAAGUAAAUCUUUGUGGGAUUCAGAUUUCUGAAAUGGGAAAAAAAGAGGUUAAAAAUGAGAUUCGGUUGUGCAUGCUGUUGACAGGGCAAGUUGAUACUGCACUUUUAGAAAGGUUUUAGUAAAUCACAGCAUACAGGCUAGCAUAGUGACAAAUUACCAAAGUAUUCUCUUUGCCUACACUAACCAAGAAUAUAUGUUCACACUUAUUUUGUAACUACCAAGAAGUGAUGCUACUGUCAUUCAGUGACACCCCGUUCGUAAUUUCACAAAAACAGCAUCAGGAAAUUGUAUUUUAAAAUCCUUAGAAUUCAGUCCAAGACAUGGCCACUCCAGUCUGAGCCAGUCAAUCUACAGACAUGAAUGAAUAUGUGCCCAGAGUAAGGACCGAAGAACUGAAGGUUAGAGGAUUUGCGUGUGAAUCUGCAAUUUUGACAACUUGUCAUUCAGUUGUCUUAGAGUUGGCGCCAGACUUAAAGUCCUUGGAUGAUCUUGGGCAGCUUAGUCCUGCUCUCCACCUAAAAAAGUGGAAAUUAAUGAACGAAAAUGAAACUCAUUAAAAACAAAGUUUGUGACCUAGUUUGCAAGCUGCACGUGAAGUUAAAUGAGCACUUAAAACGAGUUGUAGAACACAAAAGUGUAAACUGCUGUAGAACAUGAUAGUAAAGGCGAAUACUUACCAGCCUUUAGAGAAUUGUGGGGGGAAUGCUGAAGAGAAGAAAAAGCACAAUCCACACUAGCUAAACUGUGAGAAUUGUAUAUAAGGGACAAAUCCCUGUUGGGGUAUUGUCCACAAAUCUUUGCUACUGUCCAGACCUCACUUUUUAUAGGGUGUGUAAAGUGGUUUGGAUCUAGUGGGAUCACCAGAAGAAGCAUGGAUGUUUGCCACCUGCCCCUGCUUCCAUGAGGUAAUUUGGCCCGGAGAGAGCUGAUUCCCAGUGCAUACCAGGCCGGUGACACCCUCUCCCGCAGCCAUAAAGGUCAGGGAGAAAGAGUACCCCCUUCUUUCAGGAGGGCAGCUCUGCGUUCACAUUCUUGUCCCCAGACCCCUGGCCCACUUGGCUGUUAACCCAGAUGUGUCCCAGGGUCACAAAAUAUAACUAUCCUGGGAUUAAUACUGACAGCCGGAAGGGGCACAAAAUCGGCAUCCAGUCUUCUGCUGACAGAUCAUUGGAUACAACCCAUUAUCUUAACCCUUCUGGAAUAUUCUUUAAUGGGCAGCUAGACCAUAACUGCAUCACUUGUGAAUCGUCUCAGCAUUGUCACCUCAGGUGAUUAAAACUCAGCACUGAAGGGUUUUCUUGAGGCCCGAGGCCCACCUUUGUCUGGCAGCACCUCACUUAGCAGUACCUCCCGUGAUGUUCGUCCCAUGAAACAUUCUAGCCUGUGUCUGUCAAGUCCAAUCUUGUCCUGUGAAUAAAAUGGGUUUGCCUGUCUAAGGAAAGAGCGAGGGGAGGUGACCCCUCCUGUCUGUUACGAAUGGAAUUAAACCGUUGCAUUCUGUUCAUUGGCUUGUAUUGGAGUGAAAUGUAUUUCUUUUGAAGCUAAGCAUUGUUGAAGCUAUGUAACGAGGCCCUUUUACCAUUGAUUUCAAUGAAGGAAUGUAUCUUGCAAAGAGAUUUAUAUUAUGUAAAUAAUUCAAAAUUGGUUGUAACAAUAAAGACAGUUUCUAACUGCA